UUGAGUGUAUAAGCACUCGCAUCGCCAAGUCCUCGUAUUGUAUAUCUUUCGUAGACGUCAUUUAGCCGAACCACAUUGUCACGUACCACCAGCAUGGGCAAGAAGAGAGUCUUGGUCGGCUAUGGCGUCGACGUCGAUGCUGUAGCCGGUUGGAUCAAUACCAAAGACGGCAGCGUACAAAAUGGUACCAACGUGUCUCGAGGCAUUUUUGGAGCCACCGUUGGUCUUGACAGACUACUCAAGCUGUUUGAGAAACAUGAUAUAAAAGCAACUUUCUUUACACCCGCCCACACCGUCGAAUCGUUUCCAAAGCAAUUGACCAAAGUCAGAGAUGCAGGCCAUGAGAUCGGCCUUCAUGGCUACACCCACGAACAUAUCUCCGGCCUAUCAGCCUCGCAACAAAGAGAUGUGCUCCAAAAGUCCAUCGAAGUGCUGACUACGUUUACUGGGAAGAAACCUCAAGGCUACACAGCUCCAGCCUGGGAUACAAGUAAAGAGCUGAUGCCUUUACUCGAAGAAUUCGGCAUAGUCUACGAUCAUAGCUUUAUGCAUCAUGAUCUGCAACCAUACUUCGCACCAGACUCCAGUCAUCAGUGGGUGGAAACCAAUCUGGCAAACGAAGCCGCGACAUGGAUGUCGCCAAUGACAAGGCUCAAACCUAGCAAGAUUGUCGAGAUUCCUGCGAACUGGCACGUGGAUGAUUGGCCGCCUUUGCAACCCAUGCCGGGAAGAGCUGGAACGCAUGGAUUCGUCAGUACGCACGAGCUGGAGAAAUUAUGGCUCGAGCAAUUCGACUUUGCAUAUGAAGAAUAUGACAGCUUCAUCUUUCCAAUGUCCAUACAUCCGCAAGUCAGUGGAAAGCCACAGGUCAUCAAGAUGCAUGAACGUAUCAUCAACUACAUCAACAAGCAUGGAGGAGUCGAAUGGAUGUCUUUCGCAGACAUGGCAAAGGAGUUCCUGGAAGGGCGAAUCGCAGGGGUUGAGAUUGAGGGUGGAGCAGAGACCUGA